GCUGGCAGAGACUUCCCUGACGAUUUCCCCCCGGUUGUUUGAUCGAAUUUCAGUUCCUCCCAUUUGACUGUCUGCCAGCUAAAAUUGUAAUCCCGACCGUCGUGCUUAUAUUUUGUAUAAAAAUCAGUGAGGAUGGACGAGGUGAAGAGAGCCUCGCUAACCAACAGCGUGACGAUAAGGCCCCGGCUUAUCUACGGACUGCGGUCGGACGUGAUUGGCAACAUCCACUUCAACCUCUCCAAGGAGGUCAUCUAUCCGGUGGAGGGUGUCCUGGCCUUCCACGACUACGUUCAGAACAAGCAGAGGUUUCUCCGAUUACCGGAGGACACGAGACCCGAAGUGAUAGCCAUAAGUUCCCAUCGAAAGCUGCUGGCGGUGCUCGAAAGGCAUUCGAAGAACGGUCGGUAUAUAUCGAUCUAUGAACUGGCCACCCUGAAGAAGCGACGUCACCUAGAGCUUCCGAGCAACCAUCGCAGUGCGGAGAUACAACAGAUGAUCUUCACCAACGACUCGAGGUCGGUUGCCUUGAUCACACGUCCGCCGGAGGAAACCCUCAUCAUGUUGGUGCUGGACAAGACCAGCACGGUGAUUGAAGGAAGAGCCACUAUACCAGGAUCCCAUGGCGGAGCCGAGUGCAUUGCUGGGAAUCCGAAUGAUUGCAGCUUCUUGGCCGUCGGCGGGGAACGCACCCUGUUGCUGAUGAGUAAAUCGGAGCGGGGAUUUAGUAUCAGCAAUAAUCUAAAGGUCAAGUAUAGAGUCACCUCGAUGGCCUUCCUCUCGCUGGAUCUGCUGAUGGUGGGCACGUCGGAUGAUCAGCUAAUCCUGGUGGAGAACGGCGAGCAGAAGUUGGCGCAAAAGGCGAGCGAUGCGGACACCGUGGACUUGAUGAUAGACCAGGAGGUGUUCGAUCGGGACAAGGAGUUGCAGGAUCAACGAUUCCUGCCCACCCAAGCGGUUAGUCUUCCGGACAGGAGGGUCCUCUGCAUGACCGCCUUUCCCAAGGGAUUCGCCUACAUCAUCUUCAACCGGGCAUUUGUCUUCGAGCGCGUUUCGAAGUUUAAGUUCGAGAGGAAAACCAUCCUGACGGUGCCCACGAAUCUGUAUGCGGAGCACAUGUACCAGAUCCAAAACCUGGCCAUCGAUCACAAACAGGAAACAGUGAUAGUGACUACGUCCCACUGCCAGAUUUAUGUGGGCAUUCUUAUAGUUCCCGAGACCUUGAAGACCAAGCAACUUAAGUUCGAGCCCCUGGGAGUCCUCAUCCACACGGGAGAGAUUAUCGCCAUGUCUGUGUGCGCCUGGAAACCAAUUAUCAUGACUGCCUCCAGGGACCAGACCAUCCGCAUCUGGAACUACGAGACGGCUCUCGUUGAGCUGGUUCGCAAAUUCCAGGUGGAUGUCAACAUUGUGGAGCUGAGUUUAACUGGUCAGAUGGCGGCCAUUGGCUUCUCCGAUCAGCUGCGGAUCACCCAGAUCUUUAUGGAUGAUUUAAAUAUUGUGAAGACCUACAAUUUUCCGCAUUGCAACGCGGUGCGAUACUCCAAUUUCGGUCACCUGAUGGCCGCCGCCUAUGACAACAACAUAGCCGUCACCUCGGUGUACAAGCUGGAUGUGCUGAUCAAUCUGAAGGGCCACAACGGCACUGUCCUAUCAGUGGCCUGGUCGAAGACCGACAAGUUCCUGAUCUCCGGCGGAGCGGAGGGCGCCAUCUAUCUGUGGGACAUUGAGACGGGGUCCCGACUGCAGGAGAUCGUCCAGAAGGGCACUGAAUACGUGACCAUCUCCUGCAGUACCAACGAUCCCAUGACGAUCUUCGCGGGAACUAGCUUCGGAACGAUCCGUGAGUUCCAGGACUCCACGCUGGUGAGGGAGAUAACGAUUCCGUCGAGGACAAAGGGAUCCGUUUCCGACAUAUGCCUAGCCAGAUCUGAUUUAAUAAUGUUCGUGGCCGAUCAUGAGGGGAACCUUUUCAAUAUGCAACUUCCCUUCCUGGAGGCGGGAGGAGGGACCUUCACCAACUUCAGGUUCUUCGAUGGCCCGGUCAACAAGCUGCGCUUCUCCUACGAUGGCAGCCUUUUGUUUGCGAUCUCCAGCAAGGGAACCCUGGCCAUUUGGGCGAUGGACAACAUCGAGGGCAAGGUGGCCUAUAUGGAUCAGGAUCUUAUGCGCAGCCAGGAGGUACUGAUACCUCGCAGUCAGCUCAACGACAAGAUCGAGCAGAUUGCGAAUCUGGAGCUGCGGCUGAAGCAGCAGGCGGAGGAGUUCCAGUAUCAGUUAAGCCAGAACGAGAUCUUUGACGGCCAGCAGCUGCAGGAGGUGCACAGGAGCUACUGCUCGGCGCUGGAGGAGCUGAAGGAGUUGAACAACGAGAUCGAGGCCAGGCACACGGAGGAGAUGAACCACAUCACGUUCCAGAUCAAUUCCAUUCGGGAGGAUCACCGCGUCCAGCUGGACACGUUGGCCACUCAGUACUCUGAGAGGAUGCUCAUCGAGUACCAGAAGUUCACCAAUCUGCGAGAGAACAUGCUGGAGCUGCGCGAGAGCUACGAGGACAAGCUUAAGAACUCCACGGGCACGCUGCAGGAUACAGUGGAGGCCCUGGAGAACAACUACAAGCAGCAGCUAAACGAACGCAAGGAACUCAUCCGCGACCUGAUGAAGGAGAUGCAAGAUAAGAAGGCCGAGUUCAUUGAGUACUGCCACGAGGUGGAGCUGGAGAACGAUCGCAACAUGGUCUCCACUCAAACGGAGUACGAGAACAAGUUGACCACCGAGCGAAAUGAGACCCAAAUGUGGCGAGGCAAGGCGGGGGUGCUCCAAAAGAAGUUCGAGUCGCAAAGCCGGGAGAUCGACAAUCUCCUUGAAGAGGUGGAGGUGCUCAAGGAGGAGCACUAUAAGUCCCAGCGCAACAUCCAGAAGCAGAUGCGCAACAUUGAGGAUCUACAAAAAGAUAUUGCCGAUCGCGACUACGCCAUCAACGGCAAAGAGAAACGCAUCCAGGACCUGCUGCACAAGAACCAGGAGCUGGACAAGUACAAGCAGGUGCUGGGCCACAAGAUCGCAGAGCUGAAGGCUCAGAUUGAGCCGCGUGAGUUCCAGAUCAACGACAAGCGAAAGCACAUCAUCGAGAUGGAGGCGGAACUGGAGGGUCUCAACCAGAACAAUGUUCAGCUGGAGUUGCAGUUGAAGGAGAUGCGGGAUAAGUACCUCAGCAAUGUGGCCGAACUGCGGACGGAGCGACAUCGGGCGAAGGCCUCCCGGGAGUGUCUGCAUGCCAUCUGCUCAGACAUUUACUACGUGGCCGGGGAGAUCAACACGGCUGAGGGCCUCAAAAAGGCCGUCAAGGAGCUCUUCCGCAAGCACGCCUCCGAUGAUGAGCUCAAGCGAUUCGUCACCCUGGACGCGGAGGUCAGGGACGAGUUUAUGCGGCAGCGCAGGCAGAUCGAGAAUGUCCUGGACCGGUACAAGUCGGUGGCUGAGGAUAAGACAGUGCAGAGAAAGUACGACAAGCUAUUUAAGGAGAACGUAAUCCUGAUCGAGGAGAUCGAGAAGCUGAACGAGACCAACAAGAUGCUGCGCAGCAAGGUCAAGGAGGACUUGCGCCGGUCGACGAAGUUGUCUACCUACAAGUAGAAAGGAAUCCUUCGUUGCCUUCGGAAAAGCAAGGUCUAUUAAAAUAUGUAUUUCACAUUGGACUUAUCGACAAAUUUAGUUAAACGGCAUAUAUAUACAUACAAAAAUGGCA